AUGUCAAGCGACCUGGGAGUCGACAACGCUGACACACAAGCGCGCAAAUGGUGGAGAGACUCAGAUGACUUGAGUUUGCUCACACAACAAGUAAAGAACACCACCAAAGCAUGGGACGCUCUGGCAGCAAAGCUGCUGGGGGUACCAGGUUUUGGCCGCGCGUCGUUGGAUGGCAAGAAGGCUGCGAACAGGUUCUACCAGCUCCUGCGUGGACAUCGGCGAUUCCAAAACAGCUCGAAGUACAUGUCUGGUAUUGAGCAGGACGAGACAGGAAAGAUUGUUCUUUUGGACGAGCUAGUUCAGCUGCUCGACGAGGCCACCGACCAACGCAACGCCGACCGAGCUGUCGUCAAUGCCAAGGCAAUGGAACAGGAGGCUGAAGCGUCGUUUAUCCGAGAACAAGCAAUGAAGAGCGGGAGGGUCAAGCCCAUGGACACCGACGAGUCAACAGACAGUGAUGUUGUUGGGCGAAAACGCAAAGCG